AUGGCGGACGGGCAGGACGUGCAAACGCUCAAGAUGAAAGGCAAGAAACAUGAAAACGACAUUGACCGUCGACGCUCCUCCACUUUGCGGCUGGAACCGCCUCAGUCAGACUCGCGCAAGGCCACGUCCUUCGUGCGCGCGCGCACCUCGGGCGUGAACCGCCUUCUGCGCUCCAACACGAGCAGUGUCGGCAGCUAUUCCACGGCCCUGAACGGCAACAGCAGCAAUGGCAGCCGCAACAGCAACAGAAGCCGUGGCAAAAGCAAAAGCGCACCGAGCAGCAAAACAAUAAGCAAGAGCGAACAUUUCGAGACGGCACUGACAGAGCCGGUGGAUGAGAACGCCGCGCAGCCGCCGCCGUCACCCACCAAGUCAGUGUCGUCGUCCACUGCGUCCCCUCCUGUGAGUGGAGGAGAAGUGGACGAGGACGGCCUCCCUCCAUACGUUGAACAAAAGUGGACCCACGUGGUGCUGAAAAUGACGGCCUUCUCCGAGGAAGACGCCGUCACAAGUUUCCGCUUCGACACGAAUGGCGGCGGCAUCGGCCGAUGUGCCGACAAUGCGGCAAGCAUCCCGGCGGACAAGCUUCUCGCCACAAAAGACCAUGCGCGCGUGUUGUACAGUGGCGGACGCUUUUACUUGGCCAAUGGCGACAACGCAAGUGACACGUUCGUCCGCUUGAGUCCCGUGGGCAACGGAGACGAAGACAACGCCGAGGACCGGAUGCAAUGGCCCUUGGAGCCUCAUGUUUCUUUCCGUGUGGGCAAAUCGGAUUUCAUGGUCACAGCGUUCCACGAGCCGUCGCAGACACUAGAAGUGUCGGCGCUGAGCGGCAAACUGGCAGGCACGCAGUUCACUAUUGGCCGGGACGGCGCCGGCAUCGGCCGAUCGGCCGAGAAUAAGAUCCACACUGGGGACGGCGAACUGUCGCGUAAACACGCGUCGAUCUGGUUCGACGAGCUGACCAACCAGUUCUACCUGGUGGACCUCAACUCGACCAACGGCACGUUCAUGAAGCUCGUGGGCAGCUACCAGGAACCGUAUCGCCUCGAGAUCGGCGACGAUCUACUCGUGGCGCAGACGUGCCUGACGGUGAACCGGUUCGACUUUGGCGCACAUGCUGAUAUGGGUGCACGGAAACAUAUGGAGGACGCGCAUACGAUCAUCCAGGACUUGUGCAUCGAGUCGCUCAGUCGCUUGGGGCUGCACCCACAAUCGUAUUUCGCAGUGUACGAUGGCCACGGGGGAGAGGAAGCGUCGUCGUACCUGAGCGACGUGUUGCACCACAACCUCAUCGAGGCCUUUUUUAUGAAGAAAGCGGAACUGAAGCCACUGGUCAACACGUCGCCAGAGGAGUUGCAGUCGAUGAUUACUAAACGUCUAACCGAGACGUUCGAGCGCACGGACGACGAGUUUCUGGACGAAUCCGAGCGACCGCAAGCGGGUAGUACCGCAACUACGGUCUUUGUGGCCGGCAAGUACAUGUUUGUGUCGAAUGUGGGAGACUCGCGUACCGUUCUCAGCCGCAAUGGCAAGGCCGAGCGGCUGUCGAACGACCACAAACCCAGUCGCUCGGACGAGGCGCAGCGCAUCCGGGACACGGGAGGCUUUGUCAUCCACGGACGCAUUAUGGGGGAACUCGCCGUGAGCUGCCGGUGA